AUGUUUAGCAUGAUUGCAACGCCCACACACGUGUACUGUGGCCCCUCGGGCCCCACUACCAUAGGGAAUGUUGAGUUUAGCGAUCUCGCCUCCGCCGAACGGGCGAUGCAGCAGUUUAAUAAUCAAAACAUCUACCCGGGUUGUUGCUUUGUGAAGUUGAGCUAUGACCAACCUAACUACUAUCCUCAGCAUAAUCAACAAAAUGUGAUCGCGCGGGGAGGCAGAGGGGGGGCGGGGGGACAACAUGGGUUCUUUGACCAACGGGGCACGCCUCGUGCGAUGGGUACGAUGCCGUAUAUGAUGUCGCAGCAGCAGUCGGAUAUGGCUUUACCGAAUAGACCAAUGGAAAUACGGCGUGGUGGAAGGGGAGGGGUUCGUGGGGGAGCGGGCUUCUCCCGCGGGGAUGGCCGUGGGGCCCCUUACUACAACCCUAGUGUGAGCGCCGCCGGGUUUGACCCGCUUGGAGUCGCUAGCUAUGGUGGUGGGGGCGCAAUGGUGCCGCAAACCGAGGAAGCGACGGUGGUAAUCAGCAACGUAGCGGAGAGUGUACCGCUGUAUGAAUUGUGGGUCCUCUUGGAAGUGUACGGCAAUGUGGAUUCUCUUAGGCGACACUAUAAAGAUAAGGGCAACGUCUCCGCGCAGUUUCAGCACCUCAUGGAUGCCAAGACGGCGGUGGUGUACCUGCAGAACUGCCCCUUGCGUGGCCGAACGUUGGGGUUCAAGUUAUUUGCAGGUUACGUCGAGCGUGGCGGGAAAAUUGAAUGGAAUUCAGGGCCCGCAACAGACCCUUCAACCCAGGCUGUUCUCUUUACGUCAGGCUAUCAUCACCGCACGAAACCCUCGGCGCCCUACAAUCCACUCAGCCGCAUUCGACCCGAUAAGAACAUUUUCGUUUCCAACCUUCUUGAAAGCAUCACCGAUGUCGAUCUUAAGGCCGAAUUAGCAAAGUCAAAUGUGGCUAUAGAAAAGUAUUACAGGAAGAAUCCGACGGUGGCUAUUGUCGGCUUUAAAGAUAUCGAAGAUGCUAUUAGCGCACUUGUGGCGGCACACGGUAAACAACUUAAGGAGCGUUAUCUACGCAUUACCUUUUCUAGGUUUCCACCUGAGCCAAUACAAGGUGGUGAGAAUGAGCAGGAUAACAUUGAUGAGGAGGGUGUCAGCAAUACUAAUUAUCGCACCGAAGGAGGUGAAAACUCUAACAAGAAAACUAAUAAUGGAGCUAAAGCUCAAUCUCAACAGUAA